AGUGUUUGAACCGCUCGUUGACGUUUGCCAAAACUCAAGAGUCACAGUCGUGACUUUAGACUUGCGGGCAUGUCAUGUGCGGUGUGAUCUCCACCUGUUCGUCCAAAGGGGGUCGAUUAGACAUUUGCAGUUACUUGCUUGCUUUCAUGACAACCCUGUGUCUCGUUAAGUCGAACCACCAUCAAUCGUAAACUUCGAGAUCCCCUCCGUCGCAUUCACGCAGCUCGAAGACAGAUUCUGAGCACCUUUUCGACGUGCUUCCAGCUUCGUCAAAAUCAAGCACCAGAUCCAACAUGUCGCUCGCAGUGAUUCUAGGUUCUUCUCGCGGCCUAGGACUGAACCUCGCACGAGGCCAUCUUCUUCGCUCCUCGCUCAACGUAGUCUGCGCCAGUCGAACGCCCGACGAGGCGCGCGAAGCCAUUCUCAAAGAUCUGCCAUCGGAUGCCAAGGACAGAUUGACCACUUUGAAAGCCGAUGUGACUAAAGAGGCCAGCUUUCAAGAGCUGGCUGGACAGAUCAAGGAGAUGGGAGAAAUCAGAACCCUUUGGAAUGUCGCUGGUAUCCUGAGACCGGAGAAGAAUUUGGCCCAGGUCGAUUAUGACGAGAUGCUGCGCCAAUUUCAAAUCAACACUUUCGCGCCUCUGCUCGCCAUGAAGCACUUGGUCCCUCUUCUGCCCAAGCAGAUCAGCAGAGGUGGGGAGCGCAAGCCUGGUGCUCCAGGAGGCACCGACUCUGCAUCAGACGUGGCUCCCAACGGUCUAGCACUCAUUGCCAGCCUUUCGGCAAGGGUAGGAAGCAUCGAAGAUAAUGGAAGAGGAGGCUGGUACUCUUAUAGAGCCAGCAAGGCCGCACAGAACCAAAUCACUAGGACUCUGGCCAGAGAGUUGACACUUCGAAAAGUGCCUGCCAUUUCCAUUGGCCUCCAUCCAGGCACAGUGAGGUCCGAGCUGAGCAAAGAGUUCACAGGAGGUCCAGGAGGCAAGGACGGUAAGGCUCCAGGUCCUGGAGAGUUUGAGGCCCCUGACGCGGCAGAGAACCUGCUCAACGUGGUUCGAGGCCUCACCGUCGAAGACAGCGGCGGUUUCAGAGACUGGGAGGGCAAAAAGGUGCCUUUUUAAGUGGCUCAUCCAAAGUCCUACUACAAAAGAUAUAGACAACUCGAGCAGAUGCGCAUUGCGAGCGACAUGUCACACCCUGCAGCACACGUUCGUGACGCAAAUGUGUAUUAUGACGAGAACGAGGU